UGGGUGUGGCUGUGAAGGGGCGUGGUUUGUGCUGUUAGUGUUAUGGUGAGGGGCGUGGCCGGGGCCCGAGCUGGCUUUGUCCUGUGCGGCGGGUGUUCGGGUUAGCGGAGCGGCUGGAGCCAUGUCUUUCAUCCCGGGACAGCCGGUCACCGCGGUGGUGCAACGUGUUGAAAUCCACAAACUUCGCCAGGGGGAAAACCUAAUUCUUGGUUUCAGCAUCGGAGGUGGCAUUGACCAAGAUUCUGCCCAGAACCCGUUCUCAGAGGACAAGACAGAUAAGGGCAUCUAUGUCACGAGAGUAAGCGAAGGAGGACCUGCAGAGGUGGCUGGACUUCAAAUGGGGGACAAAAUAAUGCAGGUAAAUGGAUGGGACAUGACUAUGGUGACACAUGACCAAGCUCGAAAACGACUGACCAAGAAAAAUGAGGAAGUUGUCAGACUCCUCGUGACAAGGAAGUCUUUGCAAGAGGCAGUGAGACACUCCAUGAGACAGUGAGGAUCUUGCUUGACAACCUGAGCCAACCUAAAUCUCACACUAUGACACCACUUUACCUAAAGGAAGACCUUCAAAGACCUGAAAUAUUUGAGAAGUUAAGCAAACUUGGCAUGCAUCUUGUGUUGAGCCUGAUUUGCGAUGAGAUCGACCAGACUUGCUGACUUCCAAACCUGAGAGUGGGCAACAGCCUUCCUUUUACUGCUGUUGGCCUACAUUUCCAAAUAUAUCUUAACCUAAAGUAGGCUUGCCAUUUGUGUUGCCUGGAUAGCCUUGUUUCAAAGAAUGAUAUCCCUGGCUGCUGAAGAAUUUCAAAGGGCAGUCUAUUCUAAGAUUGUUUUUGUUUUUUUCUGCACACACUAAUUACUCUAAAACCGCUUUGUCACUUUGGUCUCAUAUUAACAAGGCUUAACAUUUCAGUUAAAAGCAACAAUGUUUGUCCGCAUUGCCCUGUUUAUUAAAUUUAGAUAUUUUUGAUAUAUAGUGAAAUAAGGCUUCCUUUGUGAGAUGGACUGCUGUAUUUCUGGUGGUCCUUUGUUAUAUUUAUAUAUGUAUUUUGCUAAGACCCAACAUAUAUAUUUGCAUAACAAUCAAAGUGUGAAUGAUAGUCUUGGCACCAGUGGUUAUUUCCAUAAAUAGAAGUGAGCGAGGUUAGUUUUAAUAAACAAUCGGUAAUUUCCACUAUGAAAGCCGCACCACUUUUAAGAUUUUAUCAGAAUCAUUAUGAAUUGUUAACUUUAGCAUAAAUUGAUGUUGUCAUGAAUAGAUCUGGGAAUAUUUUUGGGAUAUGGUAAAUUGCAAAACCAAUGCCUUUUUCAUUGUUCAGUUACACAGGUCAUAUUUUUUUUGCUACCAGAGCGCACAUUCAUGGCUCAGUAGAGUAAAAAAAAAAAAAUGUGAUGUGUCCGUAGCAUUGAUCAACAGACCAAAGACAGACUGCAGCAUUAAAAAAAACACUACAGCAGAGUUUGAAAAAAAUAUAUACUUCUCAAAACAUAAAAAAAACCAAACAGACAGCAUGGGGGGGGGGGGGGGAGGGGGGACGACUAAGGCACUAAUAUUCUCCACCUGUUUCCAAGACCUGCAACUUUAGUUUGUAAAUCAGACCUAAAGUACCAAAAGUGCUGAUGGUUCUGGGCUUAGAACCAGAAAUCCGAGUCCAGCUUGUGAGAGAGACCGUCUCAGGAACUGGGGACCUGACAAAGGGAAUGCUUACUUUGCAUGGAAAUCUAUGACUUGGCAGAGCCUAUUCACAGUAUUAGACCACCUGUACUUUUAGUUGCUCCCUCUGGUCAAUCAUUAUUGAUCGAAAGAUUAUUUAUAAAAUCUAAGCAAAUUCCAAGAUUUAGUCCGUGUAAUCCAUGGAAUGUUAAAUAGUUAUACCUUUUUAGCUCACAAGAUCUAUAUCUAACUUGCAAACUGAGCAGGCAAUUAGUGUAUUUUCUUAAAACCUAGCCAAAACAUCCUCUAUUGUGACCUAAAUAUUACAAUUUGGUUCUAUUUACUAUUCUUUUCAGUAAAUGAUUUACUUAAUGGGACACUCCACUUAAAAUCACUGAUAUACCCCAAUGAAAACAUGCAUGCAUUCAUUCAAUUCAUCUUUGCAAGGCAGGUGCUCUAAGCAACUGCCUUUCUCUUGUGUUUAGCUCCACUGAGCUAAAUUACCAGGAAGUAACAUGACUAGUCUGACAGCCAGGGGAGUGUACAAGAUAUUUUUUAUUUUUAAAUGGACCAAAUAUUUGGGAGAAUGUAAAAUGGUUGCUAGGCUAAAUGCUAAUUGAGUCUCUUUGUGCUCUACAGGCCUGUGUUGUAUUUCUGCAGACACUAAUUUCAAAAGGUAUACAAGUAACCUGAUUGUAUUUGUAUUUUUUUUUAGCCUUACUAUUUUUCUCUUGUGAUUUGUAAAUAUUAACAACCAAAACUUUACUGCGGGCGUGUGUAGCUUGAUGGGCGAGCUUUGUAUUGUGAAUGUUUUUGUAACAAACUGUAAGUGCCUACUUGUAACACUGUAUGUGCACUACCACUUAGAUGUUCCUGAUACAAUCAGAUUGUGCUAAAUCCUUUUCAUUGAAUGCUUUGUGGACCUUGCUGAUUGUGCAUCAGAUGUUUUUAAUAAUGAACAUAGAUUGUGCCAGCCAGCAGGUUGUGAUGAUACAGCACAGCUGCUAUAAGACAUGUAUAUGUAUACAGAUUUGAAGAGGUGGUGUUUAUUUUUCAUACCUUCUGCUACUUGGUCCAACCAAUAUGGAAAGCCCUGUGUUUUGUAUUUUUAUAAGAACUAAACCGGUUUUAUUUUGUUCUAAAUCUGCCAAUUUGCUGGGUCCUACUGGAUUUCUACUGGAAAAAUAUAUGUAUAUUUUCUCCU